ACAAGUAAUGCGUUUAAUAAUCCCACACUCCCUACUCCUCCCUCCCUCCCGAAAAUGUGAAGAAAAAACCCUUCCCCAAAACCCUAUCGUCUCUCCAAUUUUCUGAAUCAAUGGCUUCAACAAUCUUCUCCACGAUGUUGAACAACUCCUGUAACGUGAAACCUCGAACAGCAACGAACGCAAUUAUCUCACUGAUACGAACAUGCCACACGGGAUCAGCCACGACGACGACGGAGAAAUCUGCAAGUAGCAAUCUCUUCUCAAGGUUAAAUCCUAUUAGCCACCCACACGACAGCGUGGUUCCAGUUCUUGACCAGUGGGUUCGAGAAGGGAAGAAGAUCAAGUAUCCCGAGCUGCAGCGCAUCAUCCGCGACCUCCGGUCCCGCAGGCGUUACAAGCACGCGCUUGAGGUUUCAGAGUGGAUGGGUAGCAAGGAACUCCAUUACUUUUCAUUAAGUGAUUGUGCUGUGCAAUUGGAGCUGAUUGGGAGAGUUCGGGGACUAGAUUCUGCAGAGAGGUACUUUAGUAGUGUGACAAACCAAGAUAAUGCAGAGAAAGUCUGUGUCUUUGGUUCUCUUCUUAGCUGUUAUGCCAGAGAAGGCUUAGUUGCCAAGUCUUUAUCCCUUGUGCAGAAAAUGAAAGAGAUGGAUUUCACUAUCCCUACUCUCAACUACAAUGAUCUUAUGUGCCUCUAUAAACGUACCGGUGAACUUGACAAAGUGCCAGAAGUGCUCUUGGACAUGAAGGACAAGGGUGUCUCCCCUGACAACUUCAGCUACAGAAUUUGCAUCAACUCAUACGGGCUGAGGUCUGAUUUUAACAGCAUGGAGAAACUUCUGCAUGAAAUGGAAUGCCAGCCUCACAUCUCCAUGGACUGGACUACUUAUUCUAUGGUGGCUAGCUUCUAUGUAACGGGAGGUCUAAAAGAAAAAGCAGUUUUCUACUUAAACAAAUGUGAAAAGAAAGUGUUUAAAGAUGCACUGGGUUACAACCAUCUGAUUUCACUCUACGGAGGUCUUGGAAAUAAAGAAGAGAUGAAGAGGCUGUGGAAGCUUCAGAAGGUUGUGUGUAAGAAACAAAUCAACAGGGACUUUAUAAACAUGAUGGGUUCUUUGGUGAGGCUUGGGGAGCUUGAAGACGCCGAAGUGGUGCUUGAAGAAUGGAACUCAUCGUGCAAAUUUUAUGAUUUCAGAGUCCCAAAUGUGCUUUUGAUUGGGUACUGUCAGAAAGGAUGGGUUGAAAAGGCUGAAGAAGUGCUACGUGACAUAAUCAAGAAGCGCAAGACUGCCUCACCAGAUAGUUGGGGGAUUCUCGCUGCAGGGUUUGCCGAUAAGCAUAAGAUGGAGAAGGCUUGUGAAUGCUUCGAAGAAGCUCUGGCUGUACAUGCAGAAAACAAAGGGUGGAGACCAAAACCUAGCUUGAUGAUCAAGAUAUUGAGUUGGCUUAAUGACAAUGGAGACCUUGAAGAAUUGGAAGCUUUUGGCACCAAACUCCUGAAGACCAAGGUUCAAAUAGAUAGGCAAAUAUAUCAUUCUUUAAUUAAGACAUAUAUUAGAUGUGGGAAAGAAGUAGAUUUUCUGUUGGAAAGCAUGAAAGCAGAUGAAAUAGAUGAAGAUGAGGAAACAAAGAGGAUACUCGGGUCAAGAUAGCCGAAGUUUCAUUCAAUCAUUGGUUUCUUCGGAUCAGUUUCGAAGUUCUUCUCCGAACAUUGUUAAUAAACCUCCGUAUCGGUCUUCCGAAUUAUUUAUAGACCGUGUUAUGUUACGUAAUAAUUAUAUUAUUAAAAAUAAAUUAGAUGAUUUAGAACUGAGAGAUAUUGUGGUUUGUAUGUUAAGUUUGUAUAUUCUAAAAUUAGGUAAAAAAAUUUAAAUGGAAUAUAGAGA